UCCUUACCAUUGGGUCUGGCAGCAUUUUCGCCAGAAGCUCAUGCAAUAUUAGCUAGUUAGCAAGGUUACUUUUAUUCUUCAAAUAUUUUGUGAAAGGUGUGUCUGUAUUAAUCCUGCGUCCUAAGAAUGAGCGGAAUACCAGGCACCGCCGUAAUACAGAUAACUAAUCUGUCAUCAGCUGUAAACAGCGAGCAAAUGCGGACUCUUUUUGGCUUUCUCGGUGACAUCGAAGAGUUGCGCCUAUAUCCCCCCGACAAUGCCCCACUGUCUUUUUCAUCCAAAGUGUGUUACAUAAAGUAUCGAGAUCCUUCCAGUGUUGGUGUGGCACAACAUUUAACCAACACUGUGUUUAUUGACAGAGCUCUGAUCGUUGUGCCAUGCGCAGAGGGGAAGAUUCCGGAAGAGGCCAAGGCACUCUCGCUUUUGGCGCCCAGCACUCCAGUGACCAACCUGCUACCCAGUGGAGGAGGCGGGCUCUUGCCCAGUGGAGGAGGCGGGCUCUUGCCCAGUGGAGGAGGCGGGCUCUUGCCCAGUGGAACAGGAGGACUCCUGCCCAGUGCAACCGGGGGGCUCCUACCUAGUGGCGGAGGGGGGCUCCUAACUAGUGGAGGGGGGCUCCUGCCCAUCCCCACCCCAUCCCCGAAUCGCUCAGUGAGUCUCCCCCCGGUGGCAACCCUGGCUGCGCUGCCAGCUGUAUUGGACACUUCUCUCGGUGCCCUUGGGGGUGUGUCGCAGCCUCCCAUCAUGGGGAAUGUGGAUCCUUCUAAAAUCGAUGAGAUAAGGAGGACUGUCUACGUGGGUAACCUGAACUCUCAGACGACCACUGCUGAGCAGCUACUGGAGUACUUCAAGCAGGUUGGCGACGUGAAGUUUGUGCGUAUGGCCGGCGAUGAGACACAGCCCACGCGUUUCGCUUUCGUGGAGUUCGCUGACCAGGACUCCGUCGCCAGGGCCUUGACCUUCAACGGAGUAAUGUUUGGAGACAGACCACUAAAGAUCAACCAUUCCAACAACGCCAUUGUAAAACCCCCAGAGCUCACUCCCCAGGCAGCAGCCAAAGAGCUGGAGGAUGUGAUGAAGAGAGUCCGUGAGGCCCAGUCCACCAUCGCUGCUGCCAUCGAGCCAGCCGAUGAAAAGCGCUCCUCCAGCCGCUCCAGACGUUCCAGGAGGUCCCGUUCUCGGUCCCGGUCCAGGUCCCGUACUCGUUCGCGGUCCCGUUCCAGAAGGAGGCGCUCACGCUCCAGACAGAGGAGUAGAACGUCCCAGAGAUCGCGCCAUGGGGACUCGCAAAGCUCGCGUGGCUCCCACAGGAGGCGCUCUUGCUCUCGAGACAGGAGGCAUAGCCGCAGCCGCUCCAGGGACAGACGGAAAGAGAAGGACGGUAGAGGGCGGAAUAAAGAUGACGACUGGGACAGGGAUGACUGGCGGAAGGAGAAACGCUUGAGGACUCCUCCGAAAAGCUAUAGUGGGUCCCGGAGAUCACACAGCACAAUCAGAGGAUACAGGAAACGAAGCCAAACUCGAUCCAGGUCCCCGAGAAGGAAAGCCAAAUCCCCAACACCAAAGAGAGGAAAGAAGGACAAGAAGCGGGAGAAGACUAGAGACAGCAGCAGGGAGCGGAGGGUGCGCUCGACCUCCCGGAGGAUGAGCACCCGAGACAAAGACAGACAAGAUGGCAAGGCCAAGCACACUCAGGUGGAGUGUGACUACGACAAUGAGGAGAAGGAGUACGAGAGCGACGCAUCUGGGUCAGGCAGCGAGGAUGUGUCGCCGCCAGCACAGCACAAUGGCAGCUACAGAAGCCGAAACGGGGGUGAUGACGACGAUGACGAGUUGCCUGUGGCGGAGGCAACUGCGUGAAAUACAUAAACACACACAUGCACAAACUCAGACAGAAGUUCCCUGCGACUCCUUGUGAAGUGCUCGGUCCCUUGCUUUGUCCCGUAGAAGUGUACUGACGAUGCCCCUGUAAGAAUCGUUAGAAGCGGCCUCCUCUCCUGUCCUCCUUCCCAAAGCUUCUUGCUGCUGUGAAAUCCUCUCCUUGUCAUAUGAUAUUCAUAUGGGGAAAAUGGACCUGAAAAUGUACAGCUUUUUUGUUAAUGAGUAGAACUUUACUGUAUGAAACAUUGACGUGUUUUUUUCCAUGUUUUAGUUUUAUUUCCCCCACUUUCAUUCUAAGUGUGUGUGUGUGUUGCGUGUGUGUGCGUGCGUGUAUAUGAGCAAGAGUGUGUUUUCCUGAGGAUCAUUGAUUCGAUAUAUUUGGCUUUACCCCUUGUUGUGUUUGUCCUUUUUUACUGUAACUGACUCUAUGUGGUUCUCUGCUUGACAGAUAUUUAGUCUGUGUUGAAAUCAAAUGUUGAAAUGAAGUCUGAGUUUUUUUUUUCAGUGUUUUGAAACAGAAUGGUGUUCUCAGAACUUCAGACAAAACCUUUAUAAGUCAUCGGCUGGCCAGGUCUCCAGACUGUCAACAUGAAGAGGCUUAUUCACGAAAAAAAAAAAAAUAUAUAUCUGAAUAUAUAUGUUGACAAAAAUGGCGUACAUUUAUGGAAGGAAAAAGUGCCUAGACCAAGAUUGUAUAAUAUAAUAUACUGCUAUAAAAAAGUUAUGAAAAAUAACACGAGUUUUUAAAAUGCAUAUAUUCUAGCAUACAUAAAGAUAGAGGGCCGUAGUUUAAGGUUUGUUUGUUUCCAUCCCAAAUUUGAGAGGGGCUCUUUCAUCUUGACUGAUAGACUGUAAAGGUCCCCUGAUCUCCAAACGUUUUUUUUUUAAAUGCGUUUUUCUGUACUAAUCUAUUUUUUUUUCUAUUCAGUAUUGUGUUGAGUUAGUCAGGUUGUCAGUCUAUAGCCCUGAUGUUAUCGUACUACUGCACUCUUGCUACCUGUUGUACCUGAUUGGUUUGAGAAGCAGAACAGUGGGCUUGGCUCCACUGGUGUGAUAUCGGGGGCCAUGGCAGAUCUUGGAAAACUCAAACUGAACACUCAAAGAAUGGGAGCACACAAGCUCCACUCACGUGAGAAAUAGAGACAUUUUAAAGACAAAUUGUAUUAAAACGGCAUGAAAAAGCUCGGAUCAAACACACUCAACUUUCAGCAGAACGUUUCAUUUAUUUGUCUUUUAAAUGCAGAAACCAUUAAUGCUGUUGUCAGUGCAUCUCGUUGUCUGUCAUUUUAAAAAUGAGGUCAUGGUCGUUGGCUACUAAGACAGGGACUUCCCCAGAGGUAAACAUGGUGUAGUACAGAUAUAAGCAUCUUGGGCUUUGCUGAUUUGUGAUUCUCUUUAACUGUCAUUUUGAAAAACAUGAAGAAAUACUGUCUAUUUACAGAAUGGAGUUUACUUAAAAUGUAAUAAAGAGGCUUUGCUUUAAAGCAGUA